CUGUUGAUUCUGUUCUCGCGCUAUCGCUGUGACAUGUGCCACGGUUUGCUAAUGUUGGUCGAAUAUUGCUUGAGCAAGUAGAGGUGUCGACGACUAUUAUCGAGUUUGAUGCUCCUCAUUGGAAAUAUUUCCAUCAGCAACUAACUUGGCGGAGCGUGAGUCCUGAUUCAGGAAUUGCGGCUCUCAGGAGCUCUGCGGCUUGACCGUUACGGUGGGCGGUGAGGCAGAACAUUAGUUUUGUCAUGGUUUAGCGUUAGCAGCUAGUGUUUGAUACCGGUGCGGAAAUAUUCGAGGAAGGGGACGGCAGGACAGCAGUGAUCAGCCCGGCUACAGUGCAGCAGUCUACAUUAGCGUACAGCAGUGUACAGCAGUGUAGAGCGGUUCUCAACAGCAUGCGCAGAUGAUGGCAGUGGCAAGACUCUCAGCACGAUUGCAACUGGGUGCUACCCUGUACAUCGGUUUGGCAAUACUGGUACCCUGGGCCAGCUCGCAGACACCACCUACAAUAACUGUAACUACACAACCUCGGAGCCAGGAUGCCAGGCUGGAUCAGCUCAGGCCAAUAGUAUUUUCUAUGUCAGUACGAGGUGGUAAUGGUGACCUUACAUUCACCUGGCGAUUCAAUGGCACAACCAUUGUACAGACAUCAUCACCAUACAACAAUGAUGGUAACGUGAUAACAGACACAUUCACCGUUGACCCAAGAACAGUGACCGGUGGAUACUCAUCCUUUCUCGGAACGUAUACCUGCCAGGUUGAGGAUUCUGGAUUCCCAGCAGCAACUGUCACGUCAACUCCUGCAGCACUGAAUCCCGUCUAUGUACCAUACUUUACAUCAGCACCACAGGACAGAAGUGGUAACUUGACGUCAUCCGUAACGUUUGUUUGUGUUGCUGAUGCAAAACCAGCGCCAGUCUACAAGUGGAAAAAGAACGGCGAUCUCUUACUAGCAGAGACUCAAACACAGUUGACAGUACAGCUGACUAAUGCAUCGCAGGAUGGUACAAACUACACUUGUGAGGCCAGCAAUAGUCUGUCAUUCAUAUCCGCUACAGCACGCCUGACUGUCAUCAGCCGUUUCCCGUAUUUCAUCACCACCCUACCCUACAACGCCUCAGUGAACUAUGGCUUACAGCACACGAUGAGAUGCCUGGCAGCUGGUACUCCCGGUGUCACAUAUCAGUGGUAUAGUGAGGCCAUUCCAGGAAGCAGAGUACUUCUCCCUGGCUCCACCAGUACAUCGCUUACAGUCACGGUAACAUCCACUGUCACGUAUGGCUGUCAAGCAUCCAGUCAACUGGGAACCAUCUAUACUGAUUCUCGCGUUCAUGUUAUUAUCGAGAAACCAAUUAUCAUCUACCCGUCCUACUCUGCUCGGACCUAUGUCGGAUAUCCGUUAUCUAUUGACUGUCAGGCUGAUGGCAUACCUAAACCAUCUGUGUUUUGGAAUUUCCAGCAAUCUGGCUAUCAGUUUGUGCGACGGUAUGGCUCAGUAGCUGGUGGAAAGUUCUACAAAGGCUCUGCAGAGAAAUCUGACCAGGGCAUCUAUACAUGCGGUGCAGUCAAUGUUGGAGGAGAGACACUCGGUAAUCCCGGUGUCUACGUCAUUGUCGACAGCCUACCACCAGAUCCAAGCUUCACAUUCACCAGUCAAGCUGCAGUGGUCACAGUAUCUGGACAAACACCAGCUGCAACAACACCUGCCCCUAUGACCAGUUCUCUAUCCGGACCAUUAACAACAUCACCGCAGACUACCUCAUCAUCAUCAUCAUCAUACAUACUGGUGACAUCACAGAGUGUUUCACGGAGUAGCAGUGAGCCAGGGUCACAGACAGCACCACCACCAGUACCUAUUACAUCAGAAGAUGUUCAAGAGGAGACUACACCACCGUCUGCUGGUACAACGGCAAGUCCAGAAGUAACCGGCACACACUCCACCUCCAGUAGUGGACUAACGGAUGGCCAGGGUGGAGAUGACACCGUUAUAACAACCGUGGUACCUGUUGUCGUCGUCAUUGUUGUGCUCCUGAUCUGCAUCUUGAUUGUUUUGUACUUUGUGAUGCAAAAGAAAUCCAAGCUGGCUGGUCGUUACGAUGAGAAACCGUUGACUAAGGAGAACCGUGCCGCCGAUGCAGAGAAGACGGAAGACACCGGACCAGAGAUUGAGAUGGACAUCAUGGCCAGCAUCCAUCCAGAAUUGAAUGGAGCCAGUAGUCUUCAACGAAUGUCUGCAACAGGAUCACAUGGCCACAGUGGCAUGACAUUGGCUGAAUUGACGGAUGUGCUAACCCGUGUAGAGACGGCCAUUACCAGUGGAGAACGCACUAAUGAAUUAGUGGCAGAAUAUGAGGCGGUCCCUCUAAACAUGGUCAGUAUUGAGCACUCACCACUGACCCAGGGAACUGAACAUAAGAAUCGCUACAUGAAUGUCCUACCAAAUAUGGAGACGGCGGUUCGUCUUGAAGAGGACCCACCGGGAGAUACUGUCAGUUCCUAUAUCAAUGCGAACUAUUUACAGGAUCACUUUGGAAAAUCGAAUGCAUUCAUAGGAACCCAAGGUCCAACGGCCGAUACAAUCAGUGACUUCUGGAGAUUGGUGUGGCAGGACAAGGUGUCUGUUAUCGUCAUGGCAACACAGCUUGUGGAGAGAGGACGGGCUAAAUGCAUGCGCUAUUGGCCGGAUGCUGAGGGAAGUCAAGUGUAUGGCAAGCUAUGUGUCACUGUGGAUGACAUCACUGAUCAUACAGACUACAUUCUCACCACUAUGACAAUCUAUGUUGAUGAGGAUGACGACACAUCAGCAAGCAAGGAAACAAGAGUGGUUCGUCAUUUCUGGUUCAAGGCAUGGCCAGAUUUUGGCAUACCACUGUACACUGACCAGGUAUUGAGUUUCAUUGACACAGUUAUGGACGCCAAUGUGGACGACGCACCUGUCAUCAUUCAUUGCAGUGCUGGCAUUGGCAGAACUGGAACAUUGAUUGCUAUCAAGAUGGGCAUGCAGCAGUUUGAAGCUGAAGGACGAAUCAACCCGCUCCAGUACCUGGAAAGUCUUCGCAAUUGUCGUGGUGGAUGUAUCCAGACUUUUGAUCAAUAUCUGUUUGUCCAUCGUGCUCUAUUGACGUACAUGAGCCGGAACUCAUCAUCAACUGCCAACACCCGGGAAUCCAGUGCACCUGAUGAUACUGAGCAAAUCGAAGCAAGUAAUGAAGCCGUUGAAGGAGAUCAUUCGGAGACCAAGCUGUUGUAAAUAAUCGCCAGCGUAUAUUUCUGUAUGGUAUGUGCACUGCUAUGGUUAGUCUGUAUUGCCGUGCAAUAAUAGAAUAGAAUUGUAUACACUAGAAAUAGUGAUGUCACUAAAACCCGUCUUGUUUGGAUCAUUGCUUCACGCUGCCAUACAAUGACUACUAUUAUUGUUAAAAUUUGCAUUCUAAUUUGUUGACCUGCAUGCUGAGGCAUCAUGGAGGAGCAUGAUGACUAGCACGUUCAUCCUAUCCAUGCAUGCAGCACACACAGCUGCGCCGUGCAAUGGACAUGUCAUACUAUGGCCAUCGAGUCGUUGGGUGACUAGCAAGAUGAAAGGUAUUUCAUGUGUUGAUCAGUUCAAUACGAAUUUUUUUUCUUAGCUUUUAUCGAUGGACAAAAGGUUUGGCAAUUUAUAUCUGAUUCUGCACUUUUCUUUUCGAAUAAUUUGACACGGCUUGCUUCUUGUAACGCACAACUUGCAUUCUCAUCGGAUUAGAAUCUAUAGAUGACAUGUAUAUCAUUGGUAGCAGUGCAUACGUAUACAUGUACAUAGUCAUUCAGAAUUCGACCACUAUUCUUAUUGUUUUGCUCUAGACUGAUCCGCAAUGGCUGUGCAAUGCCACAGUGGUUGUGUUGUAUGUAUGUAACCUGCCACUAAUCC